AUGCCGGGAGUUAAGCUUCUUCAGCUCUGCAAGAAGGUUCACGAAGAGGCGAGCUCAAUAUUGUAUGCAGAGAACACGUUUACGUUCGGAAUUGAAGUAAAUUGGAGUAAACUUAACCGCAUGAGGCUUCACUGCUUUCCACCAAGUCUCUCAAUUUGGCCCACAACCCGCUAUCACCAGUGGGUUCGGAAGCUCCACAUAGGUAUUUCCUUCACACCAGGGCUGCCAAUUGAUUUUGAGCCUCCAAGCUUUCUUAGCAGUGACAUCAAGAACAUGAGGAAAGCAUAUGAUGCGUGCUGGGACGAUCUCGACAUCACGUAUGAACUUUGCGAGGGUACAACCCAUCGCCUUACAUUUACAAUGGCAUGGCUCAAGUUCCGCUGCCUUGAGCCCAUAUCACAUCCAAACUGUAAACUGAUCACCAAAGACAACAUUUCACCUCUAGUGAGAUGGUGUCUCGAGCGCACACUUCAGCAACGGAACCCUGCAGAGAAUCUACACAAAGAACAAUUGUCUGCUUUACAGGAAGCACACGAAAUCGCCUGCGACAGUUACUACUCCGGCAUGCGGCGCUGCAUUACAGACUUGGCAUGGAGACUUGUCUGGGGUUCUCCUUUUGAAACGACGCCACCCCACAUUGCACCCGGUAUCACCUUCGGGGCCGCGCCGGUCUUUGUCGCACCAGGUGUGCGGAGACGCAUUUAUGAUCAUAAGGUCAUGUAUCAACAGAUCAACAACUCGAUAACGGAUCAUACGGCGACGGAACUUCUUCUCAGAGACAAUGAGAUGCGUAUUCUGGCAGCGUUAGAGAUGCCAGAUGAAAAAGAGCUGCUUAUCAAAGAUUGCGCAGAGUUGCGUAUGUACUUUACACUGCAAGAGACUGCGAUGAAAAUAAUAGCAUUGUCCCGGUCUUUGAGCGACUAG